AAAAAGUUAUGAAUGAUUUUGCGAUGAGAUUGGAUUUAAUAUUUGCAAUUCUUUACUGGUGGUAAUUACACCUGUCACUCAAAACCACGUGUGUUAUGUCACAUUUCCGCCCUGUAACAAUACCGCGGAUCAUCUUGCAUGUCAAAUUGCCAAAAUCAUCUUCGAUUCUUUAUUAUAUUCAAGAUUUCACCAUAAAAUAUAGCUGUGUUGUCUUGUUCUUCCUUUUGUCAAGAUAUUCACGUAUUCUAGGAGAUUAUUCGCCGUUUGGAGGGAGUAAAAGUAACCGAAUUUACAAAUAGUUCGGUUGCGCUUAUUUCUGUGCUUGCUGCAUUUCUUACAUUAUCUGGUGAGUUUAACCACACGUUUGGUGCUGUGUAAUUUGUAUUUUAACCGCUAUGGAUAAUAUUUUCAUAUUCUGGUCCGAUUUAAGGGGGAAAAAUUGAGCAAUUUCCGUUGAGAAACAACGACCAUUCUUCGAUUUGAAGAACGGCAUUGCAAAUGUUGUCAGGCGCGUGCAAGUCAAAUGUGAAGUGGUUGACAAAAACCUCUCAUUUGGCUUUAGUUUAAACGCGUACUAGAAAUGUGUAUACAAGUAGGAAUCGUAAAGUUCGUCAACAUAUUGUUUUAAAGCAAUAAUAUUACAAAACCAACAAUUGUUGGGUACCUUCGAAAUCAUUCCUGGCGUCGCAUUGACGCCAAGAAAAAGACUUAAAGAAGCCAUUCAAUGUUGUGUACAUGACAAUUAUUUUGCAUAAAAACAAAAAGUGUUUUAAAUUAUGGAAUAAUUUAUAAGUCUAGUGUUCUACACAUGCGCUGUACAUGCAAUUGCCGCCAUAUUUAUUUUCAACCACGAGGCACGGUAAGGUAAGGCAGAAUUUGUUCAUUCUUUCGUAAAUUUUAUCGUUUUAUCGUAGUUUAUGCCGUUUUGAAACUUAUUUAUUAUUUUCUUCUAAGCGGUUUAAUGAGGCAGAAAAUUAUAAUUUUUAGAUAAAAUAGAUAUUUAGUCGGUUUGGAAGGAAAUAUCGACGUGUUGUAAUUUGAAACGUGUAGUUUUAUAGUUCAGUUUUAGAAUUUAGUGACGUCCGUCGUUGUUUGCCAAUUUCUUGCUUUUUAUCCCGCCAGGCUGGCUGGCUUCGAAGUUUGUGGAUAAUUUACAAGUUAUAAACUAAAGAGUAAAGGCCAAAGCAGUAUUUAUAAAGCGUAGCGUUUUAUUUGCCGGCAUAACCAGGCUGCUACUGCUUGAGUCCGUCCCGACAGAGUAGAAUAGACUGUACUGUCUUUUAUAAACCUUUUUAACAAGAAAACGCGUAUGUAUACGACUGGUAUAUUAAAGCACAAAAGCAGCUGACUUGUUUAAUGAAUAAUGUUUAGUCUGAUGAAGUUGUCUAAGUAAUGUUAUUCGGGGAGUCUUGGAUGUUGUCCGCUACGUUGUCGUCCAUUUUGAAUCUAUUGACGCCGUAUUAUUUGCGAGUUCAUAUAGACUAGUGUUGUUAAAUAAUAAAUGUGUUGUAUUUAACUUUAAAUAUUACCGCAUUUUUAAGAAUUCUUAAAAAUUGUGGAAAUAGAAUCUAUAUAUAACACUAUAUAGAUACAAGCUGUUGCAAAGAAAUUGUAAACACUCCUUGAUGGCUAAUAAUGCAUAUUUAAUUUAUGUCUGAAUAGGGAAUACUUAAAAUGUGAAAUGCUAAUUUCAGUAAUGACUAAUUAAAUAAAUGUAUGGCAUUAUCCCGUUAGCUAAAUAUGUAAAAUCACGCGCCUAUGGCUAAAAGUUAAGAUUCUCCUUGGCCUUUGGUUAAGAAUACCAUGAUGUUAUUUUUGUUGCAAUUCCUUUGCCAAGUGAUGAUUACGUAAUAUAGCCAAGGUCAAGCAGUUUUUCUUUGACGAGAAAUGAAUAUAUUACUGUUGUUGAAUGUAAGAAAGCUUCGUAUUGAUAGAGAUGCAACUACCUGAAAAAUACAAGGAGAACUUCGACGUUUCGAUCAAAGACAAAGGCCUGGGGAAGUUAGUAGGUCUAAAUAAUUUAGGAUUCACUUCGUAUGUGAAUAUGGACGGCAUAAUAUGGUCGUUUAUAAUACAACAUUGAUGCAUUAUAACGGCAAUACAUCAUUGACCUUGCUCUUUAAAAAAGUGUUCAACUUUCUAUGAAAUUGGUUGUGGAAUAUAAGUCUUUAUCUCUUGUCUUGAGGCGUCUUUGUAUAUACUUCGUGCUUAUAUGAUUGAUUGAAAUGAAUGAUCAAGGCCAAAUGGUGGCUAUAGAGAUCAAACUUCUUGAAUGUUUUACUUCUCUCAUGAGGAACAAAGAAAAAAUAUUGACAUCGAAUAUCCACGAUUAUGUGUUGUUUCUAAAACUGCGAUGCUCUAUUGUAUUGGAGAACGUUAAUUCAAGACUGUAUUCCACGAAGGCACCCGUUUUGCAUCAUUCUUGUAACAACACGGUAACGUCAAUCAACAUUCUAUGACGACAUGAAUUACAGAUAUUUCUUAGAAUUCCUCAAUCCUGCCCUUUCUCGUUUUUUUCCUUUGAUAAAAUUUUGUUGAAGACCGAUGUCACUGUUCCGAUGUUCUCUGCGAUAUAAGGAAGACAAAAUAAAAGUCCUAAACUACUAAAUUUGGCAACGAAUUCUAGACAUAUUUCUGAGAAUAUUGCUGGUCAUACAGGAAACAAUUGGGAGUCCGUGGGACCAAGUCACGACCAUCCUGAUAGGCUAGUGGCCUGCACCGGUAGAGACGGUCGUUAGCUCCUCACUUCGCUGUUACUCAAUACUGCUUAUAUCGCUGAUUGCAGAAUCUAGUCUGUUGAUACUUAUCAACAACUUAAAUACUUAUCAACGGACAACUGUGGCGCUUCAAACGACUUGAUUUCAAAUACUAAGUAUAGUAAAUUUUACAUCUCCGUCUUGGAACAAUUGCACUCAUUGUGACAAAGAGAAGAUUUUGAAGUCAAAGACAGUAAAGGAAUUGAAGGCCACCAAAGACACUAAAGGAAAUGUAGUAUGGACGUGGUUGUGUCUUAAUGCAUGUUUACAGACAAACACUGAACUGUUUGCUCUUACAGUUCAUACUCUAAUUUACUGUAAUGCUGAUACUGUGUCGACGAAAUCAUUGAAGUUGGACAAUUAUGUUAUGACCUUUUGUCCAUCUAAUAUUAGAUGAAUGACAAGUGACAACGACUUAAGAAGCGAAGCAGUGAACCGUAAGAAGUUGAUAAAGACUUUUAUCGUCUGUUUUCUAUCCACUGGCAAACGCACGGUAUAUGUCAUUGGGAUCCAUUGUAUUGGUUGUAAAGCGGACUGAAACGAUGAACUGACUUGGCGUCAGCUGAAGACAUAUAAAUAUAUGUGGUGCGUUGAUAUCUACAAUAAAACAGCAUGUCGCAAUUAGUACCAACAUUCUUCACAUUCCUAUAAUAUUAUAAACUAUAAUAGACAAAUAUUUGAAGUUGAAGUGUAAUCUGUGGAAUAAUCAAGAUAUAACCUCUCAAGGUCAAACGCCAGACAAGAACGGUCUGUCGUGCCAGACGAAAUUUUUGUUCAUAGUCGAAUUGAUGAACAUUUUAAAUUACUAACAUCAAUGAUUCCCUGCUUUGUGAACCUCGACCUGAACUACUGAAGUAUGUACAAUUCAAAAUCUGUAGUAUUUGUAUUUUGUACGGAGGAAUUAGGUCUGGGGUUACGGCUCGAAAGAAUUGGGGACGUAAAAUAGACGAGUUUUCCACAAAUGACAAAUCAAUUAUAUUUGACGUCAUGUAUAAACUGACAAAGAAAUUAUAUUUCGUAUUAACAAGUGCCAGUCAAGUAACGUUGACGUCAAGCAAUGAAUUUAAAGUUCUUUGUGUGGUCUUCCUCGGAUAUAUGCUACGAUCUUUCUUAUAUUCCAUUCUUUUCCAUGUAGUUCUAUACUGUCACUGUCGUGUAGUAGUUGAUGCUCAAACCUUUUCAAAUUUUUCGUAUUGGUUCCUGUCUGUGGUUUUGUUCGCUGUAUUUGGUGAUCUUGAUUUUCAAAGGUGUGGACUGUGGAAGUGUCGUAUAUGAUUUGUUUGUUUAAAAUUUUUUUGAUCCCAAUAUGGCAAUAUCGUCCAAAUUGAUUGUUUGCGUACGAUGAGUCCAAACCGUCAUCGUGGUUAUGGGUUAAUUUGGGUUUCUUGUAAGCCAAGCAUUCUAACCAACCCUUCAAAUGCUUGGCUUGGGUUUGGAGUAACUUCAUAAAAGCCAACUUUUUAAACGAAAUUCGAUCGUCUUCGAGUUCAAAUGUUGUCCUUUGGUAAUUUUCAAUGUUUAGUGUUCUUGGUCUUGGAUUCCGUGCAUUGAACCCUGCCUGACCUGAGUCUAACCUCAUAUGUAAUAGGCGGACAAACGGCGAAUAUCUGAAUGUGAAAUUCUAUAUGUGAAUUCUUAAAAAAUUCUAAUCGUUCUUUUAGAAUACUCUUUCAAAUUAGAAUUCUUUCAUGUUUAUUCUAAUUGGUUCUAUAAACGAGGUACUUGCAAAUUUUACUUUUGGAAUAUAAAGUGGGCCUCGGGCUUACGCACUUAUUGUUUAUCAAACUUGGACAACGUAGAAGUUUCUUAGUUUAUUAUUUCACGGUGUCUUAUUUCAUGGUAGCUUGUCAAACAAUAUAGCACGAGAGUGCGUGUGGUGUAGUGUUUGAAGUGCAAUGAGACGUAACGACCCCUGCAACCUUGCGAGAUAAGCGUAUAUAUACAAUUCACUUGGCGUACGCAUGACGUGUCGAAGUGUUAUAGAAAGUUAAUAACAAAGUGGUUAGUAUUAAUAUUACCUGAUUUCAAAUGUUUAUAUUCUAUAGGUAGUUUCAAUAACCACUCUCGUGCCUCGGGUGUUGGUCAGGCGGCAGUCAUCAGAGUGAGAAAAUAAUGUUAAUUCUUUUCAUUCUAUGUAGUAAACAAUCUUGUGGAAUAAAUAAAAUUAGAUUUAGUUUAAUAUCCUUGCUUCUGUAAGUUCCCAAAUGAAGUUGACCACCGUCUUCAACCUUGUUACUGAAGCCACCAAUAACUAACUGUUGUCACCACAUUUUCUUUAGGUAAUUUUUUUACGAUGUUUGGCGGUCAUUGAUGUUCUCAAAUAUGGAGGAAGCGUCACCUGUUAAACGAAGGUAGAGUGAAAGCUUAUGUACUUCACUUCCGUUUAGAAGGUUUUCCAUACUGCCUAUACUAGCGCGUUCAUACAAUAUGUUUGUGUAAAGAUAUUAUUUUGACUGUUAAAUCAGGUUACCUUUACAUACAAAUACAGUAUGUUAAUUACGCCGGAUUCAAAAAUAUCCAGUCAUGCGUUUUACAUGUGGAAAUAACCUAAUUCAAGCAAGAACCAUUAGCGCGGCUUUAAAUAUAUAAUCAAGGUUUUGGUAAAAUAGAGAUUUCUUGUAGACUUUGUUAGUUUAUAGAUGAUGGUGCUAAAGUUUAAUGUUUUCUCUGGGAUGUUGUCAAGGAUGGUUCUCUGAGGAUGGUUCUGAAUUAGAAUUGAAACAUUGCGCGUCCUUCAAGACGAGCGUUACGUUGUCGCGAUAAUACGUGAGAAAGCGACGUUUUCGUCAACACGGACACCACGCGUGAAUCUGAUGUCCGUGUUGAGAACAACGUCGCUUGUGCACUUAGACCCCGUUUACACGAUACGGGACGAAUUUGAGACCGGUCUGAAAUUCGUCCUUUUUCGCCUGUUUACACGCGAAUUCGUCCUGUUAAGUGGUCUCAAAUUCGUCCGGCUCCUGUUUUUCUUACACGGCCGAAUUUCAGCCCGGUUCCAAAUUCGUCCGGUACCGUGUAAACGGGGUCUUAUAAUUGGAUAAGACUCACUACCAAUCCCCGUUGACUUGAUAGUUCAAUGCCACAAUGGGUAGAGCGGCGGUCUGGACUAAAAACUUGAAAAUGGGAAUUCGAAUACCGCUCGGGACAAAGAAUUUUUCGUUCUACUCUGCAGAAUGAAUAUGAAACCAGUUUUUCAAGUCAACAUUACAAAAUAAGCAGUCGAGAUCUAUGUACAUGUGAACUAUAGUGAAUCUAUUUUGUAAAGAAAGAUCAUUUAUGAGUGUUGGAGAAAGACACAGAACUGUUAGAUUCUGAUCAUCAUUAAUGUCAUUUUUUUUUCCAACCUCGGAAUUUUGAAAAAAUAUACUACGGGUAUUUAACAGGUGCAUCGCACGCAUUGCUGGCUACCGAUUAUUAGAAUUCACACUUGCACACGCCGUCGAUAACACAUCGAUCAAUAUACGAUGUCAGUCGGUGAUUUUGUAGUUAAUGAUCUUUAAUCAUCUUGUGAAUAUGUAAACAAAGUCAGGGUACUCGUAUUCAUAUGCAAAUCAGUUUUCAGAGUAUUAAAAUUUUCUCCUUAGUUGUUCACUCAAUCAUGACAUGAGAUAUUGUAUACAUGCGUAAUGCUUUGAAAGCUUCAUUAUGUGCGCCUCUGUGUUACAAAAUCAGCCCUAAAAACAACAAACAGUGAUAAAGUUUAUUCCCUUUUUUGCAGGAGAACAGAAAACGUAAACGGUAGGUCACACGAAAGGUUUAUUUAAGUUAUGUGUUUUAUACAUACGGAGACUGAAGCUUUACAUUUGUUGUCCAUUGACCAUUCGUUUGCUGUAGCUAGUUUAAGGCUGCGUUAGUCGUUUACAAUAUAGGGUGGCUACGUUAGUCGUUUACAAUACAGGGUGUCCCCAAAAAACAAAAAAACCACUAACUAUUGAAAUGCCCUAGCACUAAGCUGAACGCAAAGAUGCGUAAAAUAUUGACAGGGUGCAUAUAUUAAAUAUUGACUUAUUAAGAAAUUAAAAUAUCUUUGUAAAGCGCACGAUUUUUCUCCUCUUGAGAAUUUAAAGCAGCUUCUUAAACAGUUCUUUAUGCAUAAAUUGUGGGUUCACCAGAGAGUGCUGAGGCAUUUAAAUUCUAACAAUACGUUAAUUCAAUAGUUUUGGAGGUUUUUUUGGACAUCCUGUAUACCGGAUACCUUUGCGUGACCGCACGAAAAAACACUUAUCCAAUAUACGAAAUGUACAACUUUCAGAAGACGAGCGAAACAAAACCUCUCCGUUGCAAUAAUUCCUCUGAAAACAUCGUCUCGGUGUAAACGUAGCCUAAAACAGCCGGCUAAGUGCAUAAUGCACAUCGUGCAAAAUCAAUUCCCUGAGUAGCAACAAUUUGAAAACUAUCUAUAUUUUUAUUUCCGUCUAGAUAUCUCCACAGAAGGCAAAAUUAGCAAACAAUGGUUGGGAAAUGUGGAAAUUAGUACAGUUUCCGUAAAACCUGACAAAUUUCAAAAAUUACGUCGCAUUGCCGCGAGUUGUACGGAAAAAAUUCAAAAUCCAAAAUCCGAUGACAUUAUUAUUUCAUCCGCGGGCUCAUCUCCUGGCUCGUCACCACGGCCCGAAAAUCUGGACGCGCUGUCCAAACCGGUAGACCCCGCUGAACUUUAUGCCCGACUUACAGUCUUAGUAAAGGAAGACGAUAAGGAAAAUCGUGCCCUAAAAUCGGGCGAUGGUAAUUUGCAGGCGGGUGAGGUUGGCAAGGGGGUAAAAAGUUCGGAGGGUGAUGGGAAGGGUCAGUCGAUGGAUAAAAAUAUGAAUAUCCCUGUUGGUAUCGAGGAAUUUUAUGCGGUAAGUGUGGAGUGUCUUAUUUUUUAUUUAAAUCAACAGGGCUAGUUUCAAUUGAGUCCUGUUUAGUCUAAAAAUAAACUGUAGACCCAUUGCACAUGACGUCACAGCACCGGUGAUGAUGCAUCUGGAGGACAAAUUAGCAAUCAAUGCAGGGGUGCUGCUGCUUGCUUUGGCCGGGGCCUGGUUGCAACGUUCAGAAAGGCCAAAGAAAAUGUUUAACAAAACUUGUUUUCUAGGCCUGCAUGGCGGCAUCUACGUAAUUUUACAAAUUUAGUAAUAAGAAUAACCAAACAGGAAAAUAUCAAAUCAAAAUAUGUAUAAUUUGAGGGGUGCAAAAACUUUUUGGGGGCGGUGCCAAAUGCCAUCCCCCCGCACACACACCCGCACACACACCCAGAAAAUCCGUGCCUGCAGUUUAAACGUAGCAAUAGAAAGCGUGCAGCCCGGCUGGUGGCUUCCAUAUAGAACAUUUACACUCAUUCGCCAGGGACCAACUCAACAAAAGCCAUGGCGGCCAUGUUGGUGUUCCAGACAAAAGAGUCUAAUUAAAAUUAUUUUGAAUUGGAACACCAACAUGGCGGCUGUGACGUCAUGUGCAAACGCUCUAUACACAGCCUGAUGCCAGACGUGUUUUCCGUCUCGGUCUAAAUUCCGUCACGUAGUAUGAAUUUGGUUGUCUGUUGUUGAUCAUUGUUAUGACCUUUGGACGUCUAAGAACAUCAGUUAUUUGAGUAAGAACAUCAGUUAUUUGAAUAACUAAAUUAUAUAAGUUAUCGACGAUUAAGAGAUGCCUGCGGAGGAGGCUAUGCAAAGGGACUUACCGACACAAUAGGCAACGAGUUGUGAUUUUUUCGUCAGGUUCUAAGAAAAAUGGUGAAUGAAAAGAUGAAAAAAUUAGAAGACCGUUACAGUGAAACAGUCAUUCCUGAUCUGGAGAAAAAAAUUACGAUAUUGGAGAACGAGAAUCGAUAUCUACAAGAACACGCAAAGAAUUUACAAGAAAUGUUAGCGAAGGUUGUGAAGGAGUAUCAGAAACAACAGCAGCAGCAACAACAACAGCAACAACAACAACAGGUUAGCAAUAAGAAUUUCUUUGUUUCGAAGCCUGGCCGGGAGAAUGAGAUAUAAUAUAUUUUUUAUAAAAUGAAAAAUAUAUAUUUUUUUGUGAAAUAACGUUAGUGUUUGUAAAUUGAAUAGAAUUGUGGUAAACAUUAUAUUGAAUAGAAUUGUGAUAAACACGUGUUCAUCUAUUGUUACUGGUCAUUGUUCUAUGUUUUGUAGAAACCCGAUCAUCGCCAUGUUGGAAUCCAAGCUGGUUCCAGUGAGCCACCAGUAAGUGUAAAAAUCAUUGUUGAGAGAAAGAUGUGCCUUAGAGCAGAUCCUCAAUGGACCUAUUCCCUAAUGACCAAAAUUUUGAUCUCGACAAGUCUAAACAAACAUUUUACCACAGCUUGAAAGAGCAUCACAAAAUUAGUAAUAUUCCGACGUUUCAUUGCGAAAUGUUGUAAAAUACGGAUAAUAUAGCCCUGCGAAGUUUGCAGUUUUUCAGUCAUUUUGUAUUACGCAUGGGAAAUUGAUACCUUUUUUCAAAAUUGUAUAUCAGUGCAGGCUCUCAAUUCACCUUGAGAGCCUGUUCGCAGGCUAGUAGAUGAAUUAUGAAUAUUCUAUAUGUCCCCUCGUUUGAAUAUUUAUAACUCGUCCACUCGUUCACAUCCAUCAAAAGAACAAAAUCACACCUAGAAUUGCAGCAAAAUUUGCAAGUGUAAACAGGCGUAAAAUAUAAGUAUUGAAGUAGUUUAAAUACUUGUAUUUUCCCUCAUUUUAUUCUAGCCACUGACGCUUGUAGCAUCUAGUACGCAAGCUGUGACUUUACCCAGCAAACCUGCGCCCGUUGUACACGUCAUAGACCCCGUACCAGGCUUUUAUGAACUUCCGUCAACGACGCUGUCGUAUGCUUCACAAGUGAGCACGUUAGCUAGUGCAUACGCGAUGCGAGGGACAAGCAUAGCAAACGGUGUCAGACACACGGCUGCUACUACUGGUCAUGUAUAUACAUCGUCGGCUGGUCAACCACGUAUGUAUAGCGAAGGUCAGGAAAUUAAAAUCUUAAUUGUAGUGUUAUAGUAUAGAUUAUAUUCUCUAGUAUAUUGUAAUUACAAUAGAAACGUAUUUCCACGAAACAAAUAAUUCUCACUCAUACUGGGUUGCCGCGUGGUCUGCCACGGCAAAUGUAGCAGUGCCUUUAAUCAAUUCAUUUUAUACACAUUGUACAUACUAGACCUAACCCUAACCAAUGUCUCGUACCACCAGGGCGGUAACUACCACACUUGCGGCAAAAGACGCUAUAUCUCGAGGCACAUGCCCAUAUAAGAGCAUAGCACCUCGUCUUGGGCCCUGCAGCGUGAGAAAUCUGUUUGUCGCUUCUUUCACGCUUCAGCCAGCGAAAAAAUAAUGAUUCCCUAUUCACUAAUUCCUUCUCUUACUACUACAGCUCCAUACAAGCCUGGAAGUCACCCGAAUGCAGUCGUUGCGCCUCGUCCUCAUACAACAUUCAUUCGACCUACGGCACCCAUCACCGCCACUGUUUAUCCUCAACCACAAAGCCUCCCAACUUCCCCAAGUACCCUAGGUGUACAUCGGAGUUCCCCACCUACCCAGUCAUUGCCGAACAGGUUCCCCUAUAACCCACAAGCACCCAAUGGCGUAAUGAUAAGAACACCGGCCCAACCAACAGUACAGUACGUAGUGAACCCAGAAAGAAUGGAGAUUUCGACGGGCCAGCCGUUGGUUCCAAGGCAGAGGUCGCCUCAAGGCCCUCCACCUCGUUAUUCUGUUGCUACUGCCAGACCUCAACAACAGGCAAGUUUUGAUUUUUUGAAGAAAUACUGUCGCUUGCAACUAAGGAUGAACGGUCGCUGAUAAACAUUGUCUAUUAUGACAAAGUUCAAUGUUUUUACCGAGAAAUUUCACUGUUUGUCAAGAGCACUUGACAGGUUUUAAUCUGAUCAGCCAAUCAUGUUCGACCAGCUACAAGCCUGCAAGCUUAUUGGCUGAGCGAAGUUUCUCGGUAAAAACAUUGAACUUUGUCAUGAGAAUAGACAAUGUUUUAUCUGCGACCGUUAUCCUUAGUUGCAAGCGAUUGUGUUAGAGAGAUUUAUUGUAUUAGAGACUUUUACUGCCGCUACCAUUAAUAAUAAUAAUAAUAACUAGGAGUUACUAUCGCAAGGAAAAAAAAUAAUAAUAAAUAAUAAAAACUUUAUUUCAGUGUCCAGCUUAUUUAACUUUUACAGCUAAUUGGUGACACUAUAUAUCUAAAAAUUUACAAUAAAUUAUAAUAUGUAUAUGUAUAUAUUAUAGACUAUAAAUACUGUAUGAAAAAGAUAAGUGUAUCUGUUCACUCCCUGCACAUCUCGCAGCAGUUGGAGUUGUUGUCCAGCAAGCUCUCUAUGUGUAUUUUACGGACUGCUUUCUUGAAACUGAUUAGACCUAACUACCAAUCUCAAAUUCAUUAAUAAUUCAUGAUAAAUUAGCCAACCAGAUUGCUUUAUUUUGCUCACAUGAUAAUACUGGAUACGUGGUGAAGUAUAUUGAUCCCUAGGACUGGAUCAAAAUUAAUUCAUCUCCGUAUAAGUAUAGUGAUUUAAGGCUGCAUUCCAGUUACGAGUUUUUUAUAUGUGCGUACACGCACGUAAAAGUUGAAUUCGCUUUACAUCCUACUUAUGAAAUAACUAAAUUUAUAAAAAGACAGCAUUCAGUUUUGUGUAUGAUUUAAUGUGUAUUUGUUAAGGUUAUUUGCACUUAUGAAAUUUUAAGCGAAUUUAUGAAAAACGCGUAACUGGAAUGGAGCCUUUAUUCGUAUGAGAUGUCAUUUCAAAUCCUCCAAUUCGGACUGGACUUCAAGUCCUCGCAUUUUGAUCCAGUCCUCGGCCUUGAUUAUAUUGCGCGGACUUGAAAUCUUGUCCAGUCCUCAUAGUCGGGUUCGAAAUAUUAUUUAACCAAUCAGAUACUUUUGGUCUGCCAAUACCAACCCCAUGCGUAUUUAGCUCGUAAAAGGUAGUGGUAGUCGCAUCUAAAUUUACGUGGUGUUUCCACCAACCAAAACUUAUAUUUGUUGCGUUAUUUUUUCAGGUUUCAUACCAUCCAGGUUCAGCAACGAAUCCAGCCCAAGUGAAUGGUGUACGUCACUAUGCAGUCAGGCAAGGUGCUCCCUCUGGUGGAAUGGUGGGGACACCGGCAGGCCCCCCUCCUUUGGUCCGUGCCCAACCCAGUAUGCGUCCACAGGUGAACAGUUCUCCACGCUAUCAGACUCACCAUGUUAUGCGUCAACAGCGUCCCCCUUACCCACAAAAUACCCCUGGAAAUGACCCCCGUGCCCAAGCUACAGCAGCUCCGCCUCGCCACCCCAACGUGCCCCCACUACCUCCUCAAUCCUCACCCUCGCAAACAAAUGGAAUCGUGCGAGAUCUGACCCCACCCACGCCAACUGUUUCAAUCUCCGGUGCUUCGAAUGGUAUUGUCUUAUCCUGGAACAUGACAAUCCCCGAAGGGUGUGCACCUAUCGACUCUUACCAACUUUUUGCAUACCAAAAUAAUGGCCAGAUGGCCAACUCGCCUUCUCUGUGGAAGAAACUUGGUAUAGUGAAAGCACUACCAUUGCCUAUGGCCUGUACGCUAACACAGUUUGUAUCAGGCAGUAUGUACUAUUUUGCUGUUAGGGCAAUAGAUAUCCACGGCAGAGCGGGAAGCUACAGUUCACCGUGUGCUAUUACGCUGCCAAAUGAAGGCGACAAGGGAAGAGCGUGACAUCGGAAUGUUUUGAAGAAAAGAUGAUGUUCAUUGCAUGGCAGCGGGUAGCAGCAGUACGCCGUUCGUUAUCACGUUACCGAAUAAAAACAACACAAAGAAGAGCAUGGAAUCGAGGCGUUGAGAAAAAACACGUGAAAAAUAUGUCAAUCACUGGAAAUAUUACGUUCGUUACAGAGCGGGGGUAGUAACGGUGCACCAUGCGCUAUUAAACUAUCGAAUGAAAGCGAAAGUUUAAAAAAAAAAAGAAAUGUAAGCGUGAAAUCUAUCCGUUCCAAGAAAUAUCACCGUGAAGUCGCGGAAAUAUUACUUACGAUGCAAUCCACGGUCUUUUUUAUUUCCACCAAAAUUUUGUAAUUUUUUUUUUCAUUCGUGAUUUUGUUUAAGUUAUAACUAAUUCUUUCUCCAUGUUUACGGGGUGGUGGGUUUAAUGUUGGAAAAACCUUUUUGCACGUUGUUCGAUGAAUAGAUAUAUUUACCGAUAUUUUUUGUUUAUAUUUAUUUACAAAAAGAAAAAAAUGUGUAAAAAGCUAAAUAAUUGUACAGUUUUAUUAUUUAUUUCAAGAAAAAGGCAAACAUUAAAAAUAAUUUUUAAUCUAGUCUGUAGCUUUAUUUUCAUGUCCUUUGGCAGAGAGCCGAAAAUUUCUACUUUCACUUAAAUACAUCAGAAAAUACUACUAAAAUUUGAGUUGGGUUACAAGACAGUUAAUUAUAAGUAGUGUUCAGAUUUGGUAGAAACACUUACUGAAAAAAAUUAAUACACAAGUUACUAUAUUACACUUUUGAGGAAAAACCAGUUAAUUAUUUGAAACAAUGUCCAUUCCCUUCAGACUUCACCGAUUUUGACGAAAGUUUAAAUUUUUGCUAAACACUUCUUAGUUCUUAGAUUUUCGCCAGUUCAGGAAAUCAGGACUGCUUUUGUUCCUAGAAUAUUUCUAGAAAACACUGGAUAAUUCCUAGAAUUAGACUUGUACGUCUCGGAAAGCAAGAGAUACGAGCGCCUUCUGAUGUCCUUGAUAUUUGCGGACUACUUUCUCCUGUUCCAAACUCCAGAGUCGAGCGAUGCCCUCUGAAGACACUGCAAAACAAUUGCAAAGAAGAC